AACGGGCACUGCUGGAUGCAAACAUACACUGGCAGAAACCGCUUCACUUUUACUUCAGUGCUAAAGCAUCAUUCUGAUCCUUUUCAAUGGGAUUUGGGGUUCAAUUCAGUCGGUUGACUCUUUGGUAACUGCGUUUAAGAGUUUAUCUGUUUCACUCUUGACUCAGUUUAUCGUUUUCUUCAUUCACGAUGUCUGAUCAGCCGGUCACUUUACCCGUGUGCAGGCGACUGACGUACGCCGUGGGACAUUUCUUUAACGACCUCUGCGCGUCUAUGUGGUUCACGUAUUUACUGGUGUAUUAUCACUCGGUUCUCGGUUUCAAGGAUACGAACGCAGGUGCUCUGCUGCUAGUCGGGCAGAUUGCGGACGGGAUCUGCACUCCGCUCAUCGGAUACGAAUCGGACCGGACGGCAGGAUGUGGAAAAUAUGGGAAAAGAAAGACCUGGCAUUUAGUGGGAACAAUAUGUGUGUUUGCCUCCUUCCCCUUCAUAUUCAACCCCUGUAUGGGAUGUGAUGAGAGAACCCCACAGUCGACGGGACUCAUUUACGCCAUCCCAUUCAUCAUCAUCUUCCAAUUUGGCUGGGCUGCUACCCAGAUAUCCCACCUGUCGCUCAUUCCAGAGCUGGUCACAUGCGAGCAUGCCAAAGUGGAACUAACGUCAUACAGGUAUGCUUUCACAGUGGUGGCAAACAUUGCUGUGUAUGCUGUGGCAUGGCUCUUGUUCCACUUCCAAUCCCAACAGACAGAAGACCCAUCUAUUUCCCAGAAUUUGAGCUGGUUUGAUGUUCCCACAUUCAGAUAUCUGGCGCUCAUAGUGUGGGCCAUCGGUACUGUUACCUCCAUCAUCUUUCAUGUGGGCACUAAGGAAGUCCAGCCUGAGGAAAGUAAAGAGACUGGACAAUCUCAGCCUCCAAUCCCCGGCUCUUCCCAGACCUCCGGACCCCUGCUCCUGUGGAAACACUGGCUCGUCGAGCCUGCCUUCUAUCAGGUUGCCAUUUUAUAUAUGUGCACUAGACUGAUUGUAAACUUGUCCCAAACGUACAUCCCGAUGUAUCUGACAAACUCCUUAUCACUGCCAAAGAACUACAUUGCAACCAUUCCCCUGGUCAUGUAUGUCAGUGGGUUGGUGUUUUCUCUGGUUAUGAAGCCUGUUAGUAAAUGGAUCGGUACCUCUAUGACCUAUUUUUUAGGUCUUGUGCCCAUAAUGGUGUUUUCCUUUUGGGUUUUGGUGGACACAAACAUGGGUCGACGGGUUUAUGGAGCUGCCGUGCUUCUGGGAGCUGGAUCUGCUGUCAUUCUGGUCAUGUCACUGUCCAUGACCGCCAAUCUCAUCGGAGAUCAAACACAAAGUGGUGCUUUUGUGUACGGUGCAAUGAGCUUCACUGAUAAGGUGGCCAAUGGACUUGGAAUCAUGAUAAUACAGUCUUUACAUCCCUGUCACACACUGGAGUCUGACUGCAAAUGGUUCUAUCACAAUGUCAUGGUGACCGUCACUGCCGGUGUGGCUGCUGUUGCAGCUCUCUGUCUCUCAACCCUUCUCAUCUGGCCGAUCGUAAUUCGCCAACGUCUAGCGGUCAUCAGAGGGCUGAUUGGUACACAUGGCGAUAAUACGAGCAGCUAUGGGAGCAAUGGAAAAUUGAACUGACAGAUUGAGUGUUAAAAACUUGAAAACACUCAACAUUCAGACCAGGCCGCACUGCAGAGGAAAUGGCAUGUUUCCUUUUGCAACUAACCAGGAACAAGGAAGAGAAGAAUAUGUGCUGCUCUGUGGUCACGAGUUAUUUUCUCAGCACUUUGGAGAUGCGAGUUUCUGCAUUGUUUUUACAUUCUCAAGAGGCUCUUUGUUAUUGGUAGUAUUUGAAAUAUGUGCUCAGGUCUGUCACAUGGAGAGACGACUCAAACAGGACAGCUAUUAUGUGACAUUCAAGAUGAGGAAGUUAUUAAGCUCUGCUGAAAUUUUCCCAAAGAUUCCACUAGAGAUCAGAAACACAUCUAGUUUGUAUAAAAACUUAAUAAGGUGCCUUUCAAAUAGGAUACAGAUACUGACCAUUUUUUUCAAGUUUUGCAGAUCCUUAUAUGCAAAGUGACUUGCUCUACAGUUUUAUUACAAAACCAAUCUGGAGCAAACUGGAGAUAAAUGUCCUCAUGAAGGGCACAAUCUCAAAGUAGCAGUUCUUGAUUUGUCCCAUCCUGUUUAAGCCACUAUGCUCCACUAUAAUGUGUCGUUAUUCUGUGUACAUCACGUGCAUCAGUAUUUUUAAUUAAAAUGUAUGUUUGCAGUGAAGCUUGUUUGACCAGUUAGGCCUGUAUUGUUUUGAAAUGGUACAUGUGAUACUUGUAAAAUAUACAUUUUUCCUGCAGCUAAAAUUAAGUUGUGCAUCAGCGCUUUCAGAAACCAUCAUCGGUUCUGCAUUUACAUUCCAUGGAAGUCUUCACUGAUUAAUUCACUAACAUGUCUAUUUUUUAAGCGGUUGUCUUCUCUGCCAAGAGAGAACCAGCUUGUCAGCCACAUUAAUACUGCUUUGAUGUUUCGUGUUCACCUGUGGGGUAUUCAAUUGUAUGGCAAUUACAUUUUUAUCCACUAGAGGGAGACAUGUUAAGGAGAUUAGUGCAGUGGUUCUCAACCAGGGGUCCCGGGGCACACUAGGGGGCCUCAGCAAGCUUACAAGGGGGCCGCAGGGUGAGUUAAAAGCAUUUAAAUUAACAGAUUAUUAUUAAUAUAUGAAAAUAAUCUAACUCUACUUUAAAUUAAAAUGCUAAAAUAAUCAUAUCAAAUGACUGCAAUCACAUUUUUUGUCCCUGAAAAUCUAUAGUUUUUAUUGAAGAACAUACAUUUAUUAAAAGUUCUGGAAUCACAAAAUUAAUCAUGUAUUAUUAUAUCAAUACUCCCAGUUUCUGUUCAUAAAAAUGUGUUUGACAUAUGUGAGACCUUCGAGUCAAAAUGGUUGAGAACCACUGACUUAGUGGCACUGCUGUGAAUUUUGGAAAGCAGAAAAAUUACUUUUUUUGGACACUGACAUACAUCAUGUUUCAAUUUUGUCCUGGCUACAUGAUUAAAAUGUUUUUGAAAUUAA